AUGACAAGACUAAUCAUUAUAAAAGUAUUGAGCAUUAACACUAACACAACAUUAGUGGCUGUGAAGACUACAUCAACACACUUCAUACCGGUUUUUGAAUCCUACCGUAGUGCCAAAUUUGAUAAUAUUUCUAAAGGACAGACUGAAAAAAAGGUACGUGUUUUGUCACGAAGAGAGCAUGGUCAAUGGUUUGAACAGACAGACACGUGUGAGAUGCAGCCUGAUUUUAUUCGUGCUCAGCUGAAGGAGCCAGUAAAUACACCUAUAUAUGUUUACAACAAGGCGACUGAUGUUUUUGUUUCCGGAAGUAUCUUAACGGAAGGAAUGUGGGAGGGAGACCUUGUUAAUCAAACACGCGACUUUCUUAUGGAGGAUCGGGAGCGUGUGCUUCUUGACCUCGGAUCAAAUGUUGGUGUGUUUUCUCUAAUGGCAGCGAAAAUCGGUCGCAAGGUAUUUUCUGUGGAUAUUCUAGCAGGAAAUAUACAAAGACUUUGUGCUUCUAGUUUAGCAGGUCACUUCCAGGACCAGGUUACCAUAAUUCAAAACGCACUCUCCGAUGAAAGAGGGAACGUAACAUAUAAAACGUACAGAGGAAAUGUCGGAGGAACAUUUGUAAAGAAACUGGACGGCGUCCAAACGGCACACGGCAUCAAAAUCAUCCCAGCUAUAUUACUAGAUGAUUUGUUGGAGAUUUUCAAGUUUCAAAAAGUUGUCAUCAAAAUGGACGUAGAAACAUUUGAAGAACAAAUCCUAAAAGGCGGUAAAAAGUUUUUCACGGAGGCACGAGUGGACUACCUGUUGAUGGAAUUUGGGUAUCAUCGCACCAGACCGAGUGGUAGAUCUAUCAUAGAAAUUUUAGAUAAAUACGGCAUGACUCCUAUGUUACCGUCUGUUCAUGACGUCCGCAACUUGACGGACUCAGAAAUAAGGGCAUGGCCUGGAUACGUCACGUGGAAACGGAAACAUUUGAAAUGA